AUGUAUGGUACUUCCUCGAGGCUAGACCAGAUUACUGCCUUUGUUGAUGAGCUUGAAGCCAAAUCAAAUGAUGUUUACUUAACUGCCACUCAUUCAGCAUCCAUAUUAUCAACAAUUGCAUCAAAGAAUCAUACUAUUUCUCAACUCGAUGAUGAGAUAGAUCACAUUAGAGAUGCCAUGGGGAAUAAUUAUACCUAUCUCAAGGAGUUCACUAACUUAUAUGAAAAGGCCUUCUAUAUCGAAUCAAAUCUAAAUUCAAAUGAUAACGUUACUAAUUUAACUACAUUUGGAAACUUGGCUCAAGAAUAUAAAUACUUAUUACAGAAAUUAUCCACCAAUGAUUAUACUAUGACUUCCUAUGAACAAAUUCCAAGAUUGAACAGCAUGGAUGUUGAUAUGGUUGAUGUUGCUCCUGAAGUGAAACAUAAAGUAUCCUUAUCCAAUUUACAAUUAAAACCAAUAAGAUGUAAUAGUAAGAAAGUUUAUAAAAAGAAAUCAAAGUAUAGACUUUCAGGCAUAUUUAAUAUCAAUCCCAUUGCCUAUGAUGAUAGCUCAUCAUUCAUGAUUAAGAAUCUAGAAAACAAUCUUGAAUCAUCAACAAAUUCAUCCAUUCAAAAUACCCCUAUAAUACCCCAAAUGAGAAUGUCAACCAGUACAUUUGAAUCAUCCACUAUGAUCAAUAAUAGUGAUCUUGAUUUGAACUUACAUGAAGGUGGUGAUUUCAAACUUAAUCAUAAUAGCAAUGAUGAAGAUGAUCUUAAUAACAACAAUGUAAAUCAUGAUACAGAUACUGCUGCAACUUCACCUACACUUCAAGGCAAUGAUAAAAUGAAUCUCGGGACCAAUCAUCAAAGAUCAAGUUCAUUGCCUGAAGCUCAUAGUAGUGGAAUCUUUGGGUUUGCAAGUUCGAGUUUAAAGUCUCAAGAAGAAGAUAGUGAUCAAUUAAGAAUCAAUAGACUUAAACAUUUCAUUAGUUUUGGUAAUUUACAUGAUUUACAAAUGUUUGAUGAAGUAAAUGAAUAUCAAAAAUCUCCAACUCCUUCCAUAAAUUUAAAUUCUCCAAUUGAUUUAGAUAAUUUAUCUAUCUGUUCUGAUAUCUCGGCAUUUUCUCCUCAUAACACUAAUUACCGCAUGCUUAAUAAUAAUAAUAAUAAUAAUAAUAACAACAAUGACAAAAACAAUAAUAAUAAUGAUGAUGAUGAUGAAGAUCAAAUUAGUGAUAAUUUUGAGAAUUACCUAAGAAAAUCGAGAAUCGAUUUACAUGAAGUAUUCCCUCACAUAUUAAAGAAAUCAGCAUCAUUUGAUAGUAUAUUCAAUAGUGAAUUAUUCUCUGAUGAAGAAUACUAUGUCAAGGAUGUUCAACAACUUCCACCCACCUAUCUUCCUGCCCCUUCAUUCGUACCAAGUUACAAGAUCCAUAAUCCAAUUGAAAACAUUCAAUUAAGUUCUUCUUCUCAAUUGGCUGCUCUUACUAAAGAAGCUAUUUAUUCAAGAAAGAAGAAAAGGGUUACAUUUGAAGAUGAUGAUCCAAAGAGAACGUUAAGUGAUAUCAUUCUUGGUAAUGAAAAUAUAAAGAAACAAAUGCAAACUCCAUUGCCUCCUGUAAAUGAAGCACCAGAAUCACCAUUACCAACCACACCAUCAAAAUCGAAUUUCUCAUCAAUGUUUAAUUUUAAUUUACCUUCUCCAUCCAAGAAUCCUUUCAUGAUUACUCCUACAAAAGAUCAAAAUAAUACCCCAACCACAAACACGAUCGAACUUAUUGGAAAAUCAUUGACUGAAAGUUUCAUGAAUCUCGUCAAUACCACAACUGUAUCCACCUCCACCCCAAUCAACAAGAAACCACCGAAAACAAAAACCAUAACUCCCGAAAAGAUCAAACAAAUGAAGAAGAAAACCAAACCAGGCAAAUCAAUCGCCAUUCCAAACGACCAACAAAGGAAACGUAUGCCAAUCAGAAUCCCAAGUGGUGGUGGUUCCAGCGGAGGGAAUUAUGCUUCAAGUUUGACCAUCGGUCCCAACAAUACUCGUAUCAUCCAACAUGGUUCUUCUAGUGUGUUUAGAAAACCUGUCAUGAGUAGAGUAAGUCAUCAAUCGCUUCGAGAAGCUCUUUCUCAAAGUUUAUUAGAUGAUUUUUAG